UUGACAGAAAUGACGCUUGUUUGACAGGACUGUUUAACAAGGUUGGCGCUUGAUUGACAACAAGAAAACUUGAUUGACAACAAGAAAACUUGAUUGACAACAAUAAAACUUGAUUGACAGUCCUUGAAAAAACUAAAAUUUAAAGAUUCCACUAGGCUUUUCAGAGGCUGGGAGCCUCAUUUUUGUAGGCUAAGAAAUCUAUUCCAGCUUCCAAGUUACAUGAAAUUUUUCUUGGAAGGUUUUACGUUGCGCUUUUUUAAAGCCCAAGGUGUACCACAACAAUAAGGAAUUUGGACUGAAAUCUGCCAAGAAGUCCUCACCAAACGUUAAGACUGCAAGACACAAUUUAGUUGCAAUCUUGAAUAGUGUUGUUAUCGUGUAAGUGUAACAUAAAACAUAAUCUGAAGUUGUUGAACGGCUCCGGAUUUGUUUGCUGUAUUUGUAAACUUAUUGCUGUAAAAAUUAUGUUCGUCAUUUCUAUUGAAACUUCAUCCAGCAUAUAUGAAGAAAACUUGACUAAAAUCCUUUGUAAUUUUUCAAAGCAACUCAAUCUGUGAAAAAUGAAAACUCAUGCAUACAUUCUGGCAUGGAAUUUUUCCCUCCGAGGGUUUAAUGCUGAGAGAUAAUUUGUAUUACUGUAUAUUUAUAGUUUUAGUCUAAAAACCCUAUUUGAGAUUUUCAACCCAGGAGAUGCGAAAAUAUAAGCGAUGUGGUACGGAGUUCUUAUCUGUGCAACAAAACUGAAAAAUUUCAAAAAUGCAAAAAUAUCUCCUGUCACAGGGGGUAGGGAGCCGUGGCCAACCCACUUUUUUGUUAUAUAAAAGAUUAAAAUCAGCCCAGAUUAUUUAUAUAAACUAGAUUACAACAAAUACUUUGAAACCGUGUCCACAAGUAAACAGCGACAACAAAUGCUUGCCAAUAAUUGGGGCUAGAGGAUCAGCGGUGCGUGCCCUGUACCAUACACAAAUGUCCCUAGAGGCUUCAACCUAAUCAAUAUUUGCCUUUGUUAAAUGCUCAGAAAUUGGCAUGCACUCGUUUCCCUUGUGCAUUGGCAGCGGAAGCCGCAAAACAUUGCAAAUAUGACAACAUGAGGUACAGAAUAAAGAUUACAUGCUGUGAUAAUGGCAUGCUUGUGUUCAUGAUAAUAGGCAUCUUGAAGAGACAAGCUACAAGGCCUAGUCGAAACUCCCUGGAUAAACAAGUUUUAGAGCCCAUGUGCAAAAAUGAACACAACACGUAUAACAAACAGGAAAGAAGUUUGGAAAUGUGCCGAAAAAGAAAAUUUCACGCUUGCAACCUACAACAUCCUUGCCGAUUUUCAUAUUCCUGCUCGAUCUGACGAACAAACGCCUGAAAAUUGGCCUGUUCUGUACAAAUACUGUAAAACCGAGGAUCUGUAUAAAAGGAAGCUUGGAAAGAGCUCGAAGCGACAUUUGCUGUUAAUGGAGGAGAUACGUUUUCUUGCUGCUGACGUCAUCUGCUUCCAAGAGGUUGAUAAAUGGUACUAUGAGGAGGUUUUCAAAGAUGAGCUAGCAAACCUUGGUUACGAUACUAUUUUUGCAAUGAAAAAAAAAGAAACACUAGAAGGCCUUGUUACUGCUGUUCGCAAAGAAUCUUUUUCUGUAGAAGCGUCAAAAACAUAUUCUUUGAAUGACCUCAUGUACGAAGAGGCAGAGAGUCUUGGUAUUGAUCGUAGCAAGAACAGCCUAAGUCAUUUAGAGAAGGACAAUGUUGGAAUUGUUACAAUUCUUCGCCAUCUGGAGACUGGAAACAAAUUAUUUGUCUGCAAUUUUCACGCAACUUACGAUUAUGAACAGCCAGAUAUCCCCACGUUGCAGACUUGUUUGUUAGCAAAGAAGCUUGGCAAACUCAGAGUUGAAAUGGCACUGCAAGAUACUUCUUUAAAACACGAUUCGCCGUUCAUUUACUGUGGCGACUUCAACACCGAGCCUACACAUUUUGGAUAUAGAAUCGUUGUUAAUGGACAGUUAAAUCGGGAUGAAACGGAUCGUCUUGCCAGGGUGUAUUACCAUAUUAGCGAGAAAACAUGCAAAUCAGAAGAAAAGGAGAGGGAAUUUCGUAGCAAUUCUGCGGCAUCAAUUUUCAAAGACAGCUUCAAACAUGAGUUAGGGCUGAAAAGUUCUUACAAAGAAAUAUUGGGUCAUGAGCCUACUUUUACGUCAAGUGAUGGAAAGCACAUUGGGGCAUUAGAUUUCAUAUUCUAUUCCAAAGGAAUAAAGCCAUGUGCUGUGCUGGAUACACCUGCAAGCGAAGAGUAUUUACCUGGUGGGCCUUCAAAAUAUUUUUCAUCGGAUCAUAUCUCGUUGAGCGCCAAGUUCAAGUUUUGUUGAAAAGUUAACUGAGGCAAGGAUUCUGGUCACAUAAUGACAGUGUUAUGUAAGGAUUGACUUCUGUAGAAUUCAUGUUUAGAUCCACAUUUGUAAGGUUAGGGACUUCUUUAGCAACAAAGCUAGUUUUGUAAUUGUUUAAGCUGUGUAAAUUGUCUGUCGACGAGUGGUUGCUAGUAGAUUUUGGGUUUGGCAAAAAUUUUCGAUGCUUUUUCUGAAAAUUUCUCCAUUACUAACAUGCGAUUACCAUAAAUUUUAAUGAAUCAACUGCCUAUCUUCGGCUUUCCUAAAUAUUAUUUAACGAGGGGGUGAAGUUUUAAGCUGUCCGUCAUAUUUUCUGAUUUAUAGUAAACCUUUCUAUUUGUGCUAAGUAAGAAGCUUAAAGUAGAAUCGUGACGGUUCAAUGUGUACCCUAAUUUCUCAAUCUUGGCUUAUAAGUUUUAAAUGUCGGUCCUUGCCAAGACUCUGGACCGGUUGAGAAGAUCAUACGUCUGUCCUUUCUACGUCUUUGGGACAGGGUGAUAAGAAUAUGCAAGAAGGAAUGUUGGUUCAUUAAUAAGCACGAAAAAAUAUUCAUUUGCGUUAUAUAUGAGCUUUCCUUUACAUUCCCGGUCUCUUCUCAAAACAUUUUCAAUCUUGACUCUCAAGUUUUAAAUGUGUAGGUUACCACUUAGUUUCUUCUCCAUUGACCACCAUUUAAAAAUGAUGAACGAAGGAGUGAAAGUAAAUGAUUUCCAGCGUAGAUUUAUUGUCGACACCGAAUCAAGUAAAUUUUAGAAUUGGAGCACAAUUUUUCUUUAGAGAAAGGAACAUCCAAAUUUGGAAAGUAGCGUGUUUGUGAAGUAGCAGCAGGUGCUGCUUAGGAGUGACAUUUGAUUGACCACGAAGCAAAGAUUGGUACAAAAUGUGGGUAUUUAGCCGCGCUCAUUUUCCUUGCACAUGCGUAGACAUUGCAGCCUCUUUUUCAAAAUAUACACCAUAACUUGGUUAUUAUGGUGACUUAGCAUGGGCUUUCGCUCUGUUGUAUUGAAUGCUUACUUAUCCUAUUACCGUUGAAAAGCCCAUAAUCAAAACAGGCCGUGUUGCAAUAAUGCGAACAGUGUACAAAGACUUACUUAAUAUAUUUCAAUAGGCUUAACGGAGAUGAAAUUGGAGGAUUUAUUAUUUUUCAAGGUGUGGCACAGUAUAUCCUAAACGGGAACUGCUUAGAUUUCAAAUCGAAUAUAAACAACAUCAAAGCAGAGCCGUAAUUGGUAGCUGUGGGUGUUCUAUGCUUGGUCUUUCGAAAAACGGAGCAGAAAAUUGUUUUAUUCCUUGCAUUCUGUUAUACGCGAUCACAAAAAUACUUCAGCUCUAAAAAAGUUGAAACUAAAACGUAUAGACAAAUAGUUUAAGAUAGAAAGGAUUAAUCCGUUAAACAGAGUGGCAAUAUGAUUUGGGCAAUUUGCAGGUCCAAUAUUUCUAAUAGGACAUGCAACAGCUGCAUUGACAAGAAAUCGUUAAAAAAAUUAAUUAAUCGCGGUCAAAACUCAAACAUUCUCAAAACGUAUUUCAUAUGACUUCGAACUUCGGAACUUUAAUUCAAUAUUAGGUAUUCGCUCUUCCUAAAGGGAUAGCAUGUAUGAUUUAAAAAUGGAACAGAAAACAGGGAAUGAUUUUUGCGGCGAGUAUUUUAACGUGAGUAUGGUUUUGAGAGUAUUGUAUUCAUAAUUAUUACUGUUAAUAUCGUGUGUUGUUUAUGAUCGUUUUUAAUAUUAAUGAUGAUAGAUGUUUCAGUAAACCUUGAUUUGAUUGUGAUCAUGAUUGAUCGAUGAUGAUUGGAAUCAUUUUGCUGAUUAUUGAAAUCACGAUUCAUUGACGAUAACGAUGAGUCUUGCUUUGAUCAUUAUCGUGAUUAUAAUUAUAGCAAUCAUUUUGCUGAUUAUUGAAAUCAUGAUUUAUUGACGAUAACGAUGGGUCUUGCUUUGAUCUUUAUCAUGAUUAUGAUGAUUGCAAUCAUUUUGAUGAUCAUAACAAUCGCGAUAAAAAAUGAUUAUAAUUAGCUUGAUCCUGAUCGUAUAUUUUAUUAUUGCGACGUUGUUUAAAUUGGUAUUGAUGAUAUCUAUCACUGGGAUCAUGAUUACAAUUUUUCUGAAAAAUUUAUAAAUUUUCAUUCUCAUAAUUAUGUAAAAAUGAUGAUUCUACAAUCUUCCCUUUAUUUAUCAUCAAAAUAACAAAAUAACUGUAAACCUCAAAAUUGACUUGAUUUGCAUACAAUUGACUAACCUGUUACAAAGAUAAAAAAAUGGCUCCAUUAUAUUAUCUUGCCUGUUACAAAUUCUACUUCCAAAGAAUGCUUGCAAAUAAUCAUUGAAAGUUCAAUUAAAAUUCAAUUAAAAUCUUGUAAACCUCUUAAGAUUUAACAGCUAUUUUUCUAAUAGGACAUUAAGCAGGUCUUUAUCAGUUGAUCGAUCAAAUAAACUUCAAAGAAACCACCAUCUUUCAAUGGACAGCAUUCUACUUUGUUCUUUCGUGUAUAGUACAGGCCUUCGUGUGCUUUCGUGUUAUUGGUAUUUAAAACGCCUGUUCCCUACUGUCAAUGUCCUAAUACACCUAAAAUGUUAGAAACGAAAGGAUAAUAUUUAUCUUUAUUGACUCAUGAACCAAUUUCAGAGAACCAAUCUUAAUCUCUGCUAUCUAUUUAUGAAAAUUUCAAAAUACUUUAAUCCAGUUUUCCUUUUCAACCGCACCAUUUCUGCGUUGUUCAUUCUCUUUCUCCUCUUGACAGACUUGUUUGGGGUGUCUAGUGCAACUGGUGUAAAAGGGCCGUCUAUAGUUCAUUGAAUAUUAUCGGCUUCUUUACAAGAAAAGACAGCAUUAAGCGAUGGAUAUAUUCUGCAUAUUUCACAUAUACGCCUGGGAUUUAGCCUUUCUUAGUCCAAAAAAUCUAUACUCAAGAUAACCGUUGAUCCUUCGGCUGUGCGUGAGGUCAGG